GGUGCUGAAGGGACCCCGGCGGCGGGCACCGUGCGCCCGGCCACGCGGCUGCGGGGCUGAAGCCCGCCCCGGGGAAAGUUGCUCCCGUUGCCCGCGGGGGGCAGCGCCCGGAGAGCCGGUGGAGGCGGCGUCGGGGGAUGGUGCCGGCUGCCUCCCAGCCGGGGCUGGCUCUGCGCUCCCCCAGCCGGCGCCGGCUGCCGCGCCCGGGCUCCUCCGCCUAAGCCAGCCCCGCUGCGGAACAGCGCCGCCGGGGAGCCGCGGGGCCACGGGGCAAGUCGGGCGCGAUGCCGGAGACUGGCCGGCUGCGAGGCAGCCUCGCCUCUGGAGCUGCCGCUUGCUUUGACCGCUGAACGCCGGGCGAAAGCUCCGCGCCCCUGCCGCGGGGGCUGCCGGCGGUGGAGGGAAAGGGAUUGCCCGGGGCUCGGCGCUGAAAAUGUGAUCCAGAGGAGCUGCUUUGGCUAGGAGACUGCUGACCUUCUCGUCCAGGUUGGCCUGUGACCCCCCCACCCCCCGCACCUGGCAGCUUGACACCCCGAGCCUGCUAGACCACCCCUCUGGUGUCCCUAUGGAAGCAGCUGUUUCUAUCUGAGACUGGGACCGUAUGCAGAAGUUGAGGAGGGGGAUGGCUUGUCCUAUUCAUGAAGCCUGCAUACUUCUGUUGCUAACACUUGGGUUGGUCACCCCAGCUGCCAUCAAUCAUGAAGACUACCCUGCUGAUGAAGGCGACCAGACCUCAAGUAAUGACAAUCUGAUCUUUGAUGACUAUCGAGGGAAAGGCUGUGUGGAUGACAGUGGCUUUGUAUACAAACUGGGAGAACGUUUUUUCCCGGGGCAUUCCAACUGUCCUUGUGUCUGUACUGAGGAUGGACCUAUUUGUGAUCAACCAGAAUGCCCUAAAAUCCACCCAAAGUGUACUAAAGUGGAACACAAUGGAUGCUGCCCAGAGUGCAAAGAAGUGAAAAACUUUUGUGAAUAUCAUGGGAAAAAUUACAAAAUCUUGGAGGAAUUUAAGCCCUCUCCAUGUGAAUGGUGUCGUUGUGAGCCCAGCAAUGAAGUUCACUGUCUUGUAGCAGACUGCGCAGUUCCUGAAUGUGUCAACCCAGUCUAUGAACCAGAACAGUGUUGUCCUGUCUGCAAAAAUGGUCCAAACUGCUUUGCAGGAACCACCAUAAUUCCGGCUGGCAUUGAAGUGAAAGUGGAUGAGUGUAACAUCUGUCACUGUCACAACGGGGACUGGUGGAAGCCUGCUCAGUGUUCAAAACGCGAAUGCCACGGCAAGCAGACUCUGUAGAGGCAAAAUCCAGACCAAUGACAAGUCUAUUAAAAAACAAACGUAACGGCUUCUACACUGCACAUGUUAAACCUCCUGCCAGCUGCAAUAGGGUCACCAGCAAAACCUUUUAGGGUUAACAAAAGUGAAUAUUUUGCUAACAGGAAAGUUCUCACACACCGUAUACAGAAUAUAUAUCCAGUAGCUAGAUAUCUAAUCUGCUUUUGCUUGAUGGGGACUCAAUAGCUGAGGUUUUGGAAGGGAAAAUACCUGCACAGGUUCCUCCACUCAUAAUGCCUCCACCCUGCCAAUUAACUUGCAGCUUUUCUAUCACUUCCUACAAUGUGAAUUGCAUUUUCGCUGUUGUGAUUUUUUUUUUUUUAAGCAUCUUCCUAAACUUUUUCACAGCCAGGGUCUUCUGGGUAAUAAGAUUAUGGGUAAAACAAGAAUGAACACUUUUUAAAUGUCUCAUGAUGCUAAAAAUAGAGAUGGGAGGUGGAUGGCUGGAUAGAUGGAAUAAAUCAAACUGGACUGUAAACUACAGAAAGGUCAGGCUAGAUACCUAGAUAAAGAGGGAUCGGCCAUGUGCUAGGAACACUCUGUCUGUGUUACGCUUUCUCCACCGAGUGGGGACAAUCAAGUUGAAGAAAUCUACACAAUAAUCACGACCGAUACGUUAAAGCUGUCAAUCAAAUCACUAAAUGAUGCCGGAUAACAGCAGUAGGUGGACACAACUCCCUUGAUACCGAUGAAGAUGAUGGGAAAACACAAAUCAAAAUAAUUUGGAAAAUGACAAACACUAGAUUUGCAGCCGAGGUUAAAACUGUGCCCCAUUUGUCACCAGCAUGGAUCAAGCUCUUUGUUUUGGGCUGUUCGUAAUCACUUUGGAUACACAUACAUUCCUGGUGUACCUGUGCUGCCUUACACCGGCGAUUAGUUCGGCCCUUUGUGGCUUCUGCUAGCAUAAACUGUUGGCCCCAUGUGCACAGACCCACUGUGAAUAUGAUCAGCAUUGACCCUAGCCCUCUGAUUUGGUUUCAACAUGCAGCUACGUCUGCAUGUACCUUGUCACUGUGCCAUCACCACUCUGCAUCAAACCCUAGUCUCACUGAAGUCAGUGGCGAAUUUCACUUGACCUCAGUGAGACCAAGAUUUGGCCACUGUUUCUGUUUCAAGUGCAGAUCUGAACACAUCUCUGACCAGCCCCCCAGUGAGAUUUCUGCAGCUGUUUGCUGGAGAUUUUUUGUUAUGAAUUAAAAUAUUGGAUGUGAUAAAAAAAAUGUUAAAAUCACAAAACUGCCCUGGAGCACCCGCAGAAAGAGUGACACUGGACAACUGGUUGUUCACAGAGCAAGCUAAACCUAUGCCCUCACUAACAUACAUGGUAUGAGCUGUUGCCUAGUGUGUUCUCCUGUCCUAUGGACAGUGGACAAGAUAUUGUUUCCUGAGAACACUCUUUAUGAGCCCCUCAUUUUCUCACCAUUCCCCAAGGCCUGUGCCCACAUGGCCAAGGAACCCAUCUGUAACAUCCCCACUCCCAGGAGGUGAGCAUGCCCCUUGCACCUCUGACACUCCUAGACCCUAGCAGCCCAA